CUUCAAUAUCUACCUACACUACCCAGGUAAAUCAUACACAAAGCUUCAGAGCAGCUAGCUUUCAUCUAUGCCCCGUGCUUUAUACCUACACCUAAAACCCCCAUAAACAUGCAGCCUCGCACACGCCCAAUUCAAAAGUUGGCCACGGCGGUCUCACAAUGCUCAGCCGAGGCUUCAAUAUACGGGAAAUGUAUCGUUGCAGACUAUAAUUCGGUACAUAAGGACAAAUGUGCCAACGAGUUUAUGAAGCUCAAAGACUGUUAUUUAAAACACGCAAAGAAAACUCGGUGAUAUAAUUAUAGAUCAAAUCUUCAAAUAAAACAAUUAAAUCAAGUAUUUUCCCCAUAGAAAGUACAUUUCACAAAAGGGGAUUGAAUAUCUUGAUUCCAAGUACUAUACCUACCCAUGCACCGUCAUCUGUUUAGUCAAUUAUCAACUAAGUAUCAUUCUGACACGCCGACGCCUAAAAGAUAACAACUUAGAACUUUAAAACAGUCAUAAAUAUUCUAGAUGGUAUUACGCAACAUCAACC